AUGAACAUGUGUAAACAGGCACUGAUAAAACUGUGGAAGCAUGAAUGUAAGUGUGUUAUUGCUGAUCGUUUCACAACCGCAGAAGAUGUAAACUGGUUUGACGCAGCUGUGGCAAAACUCAUUGAGGAGGAAUUUGAAGAAACAAAAGCUUUGCUGGAUCCUGAAAUUGAUGCAUUCUUUGUUGACUUCUUAAGGGAUGCACCUGAAAGAACUGGUGAAAAAGCAGAGGAAGUUAAUUUAGAUAUUCCCAAGAUCUAUGAGCCAAUUUACUCCUUCGAUCAGCUACGGAAUCGUUUAAAUAGGUUUUUACAAAAAUACAAUGAGAACAUCCGUGGUACUGGAAUGGACAUGGUUUUCUUUGAUGAUGCUAUGAUUCAUUUAGUUAAGGUACAGUCUUACCAGAUUGCUAUUUGUUGUUGUUCACUUGCCCUCAGCUCCUAUGAGCGAGAGGUAUGCAUGGAUCAAGCAAUAAAUGACUGUGAUCUUCCACAGAUUUCUCGGGUGAUUUGUACUCCUCGUGGAAAUGCCCUUUUAGUUGGAGUUGGUGGCUCAGGAAAGCAGAGCUUGACAAGACUGGCAUCUUUCAUAGCUGGCUAUGAUACGUUCCAGAUAAUGUUAACAAG